UAAAUUUACCUGUCCACAGUAUAAUGUGUCAUUUUUUAUGACUCAUUCAUGUCUAUAUCAUUAAUUUUUUCCAAGAACAUUAAAUGGGUUCAGUAUUAGGUACAUCAAAAACAGAGGCCGAUAUGGACGGUCCAAAAGCUGAAUUCGUGAAAGCUCAAAUAAAAGGAAAUAAAGUGGUAAUAUUUUCGAAGUCUUAUUGUCCCUAUUGUACAAUGGCAAAGGAGCAAUUUCAAAAAUUAAAAUUCGAUUACACAUCCAUUGAACUUGAUAAAAGAGAUGAUGCAGACGAAAUUCAAGCAAUCUUAGGAGAAAUAACAGGAGCAAGAACAGUGCCUCGAGUAUUUGUAAAUGGACAAUUUAUUGGAGGUGGGACAGAUGUAAAGAAGAUGUAUGAAAAUGGAAGUUUAAAGAAUCUUUUGGCUUAAUACAAUUUGUGGAACUACAAAUUUGAUUAUUACAGAUUAUUAUUAUUAUCAAUGUACUAUUGAUUUUCCAACUUUUUUUUAAAUUAUUUACAAGUGAAUCAGGUGAAUGUUAAAAUAAUUUUUAUGCAAAAAGGGCUUCCGUUUUCUUUA